AUGGAUAAUGAUGACGGUUCGCUAGUGGGAGCUAGUACAGACACGAGUUUUAGUGAUUUGGUCCGGGAACUGCGAGCUAGGGCCGCUGAGGAGGAUCAGGAUGGAGCUGGCCUCUCAACAAGUUCCCUGUUACUGAGACAUAGUAUUGGACAGGACACAGUUGAAAUCACGUCAGCAGGUGAUACCAGAAGUGCUUCCCAGACCUUGACACAGGGCAUGCGGACAAUGAUUGGAGGAGACAGGCACAUUCAACACAUAAACCUUGCCGAGGACAGUGAUGAGAAUGGCAUCAGCGUCUACAGUCCGGAAAUAGAGGUUUAUGUGGCUCCAUCUGCUGGCAGCCUUGCAGAGAAAUCUUCUGGCAGCAACAAGGUGAAAAUAACAUCAGUGGUCAACCAUGUGUGGGAUCUGAAGUACUACCAUGGAAACUUGGUGGCAGUUCAUCGGGAUGCUGUGUACAUGGCUUAUGUUAUUCAAGGUGGUGCUAAGGGCAAAAACAGCGGCAAUGUACGUGUGAUAUCACGUAAAAGUGCCCACCGUGUACUGCUGAAAGACUUUGCUGGAUCUGUUGUGGACAUCGCCUUUGCCCUGUCGAGUGACAUCUACCUGGCUGCGGCCGACGAGAGUGGCAGUGUUCAUGUUUAUUACUUCACCAUGGAGGGCGACAGCAUUGUAUCGAACCCAAUACUACACAUCAAAGCUGACAGCGACAGCAUGGAGCCAGACAGGACUUUGACCAGGAUCAUCUGGUGUCCUUACAUGCCUGAAGACGACAACGAAGACGGGCCAGAUCCAGCAAAGAUGCUGGUUCUUCUACAUGGGGCUCAGGCUGAGGUUUGGAAUGUUGACAUUGUCUUCAAUAAGUUUGGAAGUCAUGUGGUUACAUCCAAGACAGUCAACUCAGGAGUUAUGUGCAUAGAGCCUCAUGAGCCAGGGAUGUCUGUUGUGAACGCAGCCUUUGCCCCAGAUGGGUCAGCAGUAGCUGUGGCCUACACAUCAGGGAUUGUGAAAUUCUUCUUGGUUGAUCUGUAUGGAGAGGAAACGGACACAGCUUGUAUGCAUGAUUGGAGCCCUCAUGAUGGACACCCUGUCACCAGUCUCUACUUCCUCGAUGACCAUAAGCACCCAGGGGUUGAUCUGCAAUUGUGGAAGUUUGCACUAACUGGGGCCCUUCACAACACGGAGAUCAAGCUAUGGAGCUGUGAGACUUGGGCAUGCAUGCAGACUAUCACGUUCAGACCUCCAGCAAUGCAACCAGAUCUCAAGCUGCGACUGAAGUCAGGGAUUGACCUGACCUCUAAGUACUUAGUUCUUUCUGAUAUAAACUCCAGGGUGUUGUAUGUGCUACAGAUCUAUCAGAAAUAUGACAGCAACACGGUUCACAUCAGUUCCCUGUCACAGUUUUCAUUAACCCAGCCUUGCCUUAGCUUUGCCAUAUUUGACGCUGGAGUGAAGCGAUUCCGGCACUCGGCCAAUGAUUCACACCUGGACGAAAUCACCACAGGGGAGCUGAAUGAAAACCAGGAGGAUGUGGACGAGCAGGAAGUCAGGAAUGGAGCAGAUUCUACAGACAAGGUGACCACAGGUGUGCAGAUCAGAAUGUACGGUGUUCAUACCAAAGCCCUGCAGGAGUUGCUGAUCCGUUACCGCCCAGAGUCCAGCGUGCCAUUCCCGCACACAUCCAGUGUGAGUUCCACAUCCCAAGAAGAAGUGAUGCGCAAUAUGUUAUCAGAUGCCAGUUUGGACCAGAGUGGAACUAGCCAGGACCUAGCAGUUGUUUCUCCGAGUACGCCGACAAGGGCAGCUGUUGCAAAGACAUUUGAAGCCUCUAGUCCAGGUACUCCCAGUGUGUCGCAGGCGGACCAGACCCUGCUGAGUACCUCCAGCACUAGCAGCUUCACUCAUGUGACCCCACUCAGGGAGGACUAUUCAGGCAUCCACUCGCCUCAUGGCUCUGUAGACCACUCCACUGAGCUGUCUCCAGGUGGUAGCACUUUCACCCAGACUCCUUCUCAGUCCAGACCCUCUCCUGGGGCUAAUGUCAGUCUGUCUGAAGUCCCACUACCUCCAGUCACAUCCUCAGAGGAGGCAGAGUUAGCCACUCCAAAGAGCACAUCAGGAGGCAACCACUCCAUGAACGCAUCGAGCCGAGGCAGCCAGGAAGUUUUGGAUGACAUGUUUGCAGUAAACCAGAAGAUUAUCAAGACUGUAGCUGGUCUCGGUAAUUCCAUUGAGACAGUCACCAGUACCGGUUCAUUCCCUGUUGGAAAUCUUCGGGCCAGCUAUAACGAUCAUGAGGAUAGAUAUGAUGAGGAUGACAAGGAGGUCGCUGAGGCACUGGGGCUGGAAAAAGAGGAAAACUUAGAGGAAAUAGAAGAGAGUGUUUCUUCCCCGCCACAGGAGGAACGGAAAGAUUUGUUGUGGCCAGAACCACCUGAUGUGUUCACGGAGUCGAAAGGAAUCGAAAACGAAGAUACUCAGCAAAGUGUGCGAGAGGAGGAGGAAGAGAAAGACUUCUAUGACGAUGAAAAUGAUGAAGCUGAAGUUGAAGAGAUUAUACAGUGCCUGGAAGCAGAUGACGAAGAAGAUGAUGUCGAAGAUGAUGUUGGUGCCCAGCGGGAUUAUUCCAAGAGGCCACAAAGAUCAGAUAUGAGCCAGACUCCAGUUGGAGUUCUCAACAGUAUUGAUCUAAGCAUAGCAAGAAUCGUCAAACAGCUUCAUGCGCAGCAAGAGUUGAUGCAGCAGAUGCAGUCAGAGCUCAACCGGCAGAGGGAGAUACAGCUCCAGCUGCACCACCACCAGGUGGAGCAGGACCAGCUGCAGCACAUGGCAGUGCAGCAGCCCUCCCUGGAGGCCGACAUCAGCAAGCUGGAGGACAUUCUUGUCUCUCGAAUGGAGCAUUCGUUAGCUCAACACAUGCAGAGGGAAACCCAGCGAUUGCAAGAGUCCCUGAAAGCAAGCGAUGCCCAGCGUAAGCAGAGAGAUGAUGCGCUUCAUGAAAACAUGAUAGAUGAAGUGGGGCGCACUGUAAAAGAUACAGUUUCUAAUGUACUUCGCACAGAGAUUAAGCAGACCGUCACUCCAGCUCUUCACAAGUUUGUGGAGCCGAUGAAGGAGAAGAUUCACCAGGAGGUGGCCCACAGACUGACAGCAUGCGACACACUCAUCAAAGACAACAUUGCUAAAGCUGUCAAGUCACGGUCGACAAUGGAUGUGUUAGCUGCAGCAGUCGGGGAUGCCAUUUACCAACAGAUGCAGCAAGCAUACACCGACACUUUCAAGUCAGCCAUGCUGCCUUCAUUUAAGUCCAUCAUGGAGAAGACGGUCACUGACGUGCACGGUAUAUUUCAGCAAGGCACCAAAGAAUAUCAACUCUACAUGCGUCAGAACAUGGAUCAAAUGUUGCGGGAGAGAGUGGCCACCGAAUCGGUGGUCAGUCGGAUGGAGGCAGCAGGGCAGAAGUUCCUUCAUAAUGUUGACCAAAUGAAAACCUUGGUUAUUAACAAUGUCAAGGAGGAGUUGAGGGGACAGGUCGCACGUGCUGUCACAGGCAUCAAAGAUGACAUCUUGAGCGACGUUCGCAAGAUCAUGAAGGAAGAGCUCACUUCUGCUAUGAAGGAGCAUGGAGCCAGCAUCAGCGACAAGCUGACCACCUAUCUCAGAUCAGGAGCAGCAACUCCUGUGCCACUUUCCUCCGAGGAGGAGCACAGUAAAGAGAGGAUUGCACGAGAAUUGCGCAUGGGAAGAAUUAACGAUGCUUUUCAAUGUGCACUGUCAGCAGGCAACCUUGACCUAGUGGUUUACACCUGUGAGGCUGCUGACCCCUACAAUAUCUUUGCCAAAAGUCCUUGCCCUUUGACCCAGCCAGUUCUGCUAUCGCUCAUCAGUCAGCUGACUGCAAAUCUAGACAAAAGCUUUGAUCUGAAAAUGAAGUAUUUAGAGGAAGCGGUCAUGAACCUGGACGCUGCCCAGCCGAUGACAGCUGACCACAUUCCCAAUGUUCUCGGAGGCCUUAUCCAAAAGUUACGUGUAGCUGAAACUCAUGUUGUAGAUGCCCGCAAGUCCAAGUCCAUCAAAAUGUUGAUCAUGGCAGCAAGUUCUUUGCUCUCAUGA